UUUCCUGUCUACAGUGUCUGUGUUUUGUAGAUAAAUGUGAGGAUUUUCUCUAAAUCCCUCUUCUGUUUGCUAAAUCUCACUGUCACUGCUAAAUUCAGAGCAGAUAGAGCCUGCGCAAUGGAAUAAAGUCCUCAAAAUUGAAAUGUGACAUUGCUCUCAACAUCUCCCAUCUCUCUGGAUUUCUUUUUGCCUCAUUAUUCCUGCUAACCAAUUCAUUUCCAGACUUUGCACUUCAGAAGCAAUGGGAAAAAUCAGCAGUCUUCCAACCCAAUUAUUUAAGUGCUGCUUUUGUGAUUUCUUGAAGGUGAAGAUGCACACCGUGUCCUCCUCGCACCUCUUCUACCUGGCACUGUGCUUGCUCACCUUCCCCAGCCCCGCCACAGCCGGGCCUGAGACGCUCUGCGGGGCUGAGCUGGUGGACGCUCUUCAGUUCGUGUGCGGAGACAGGGGGUUCUACUUCAACAAGCCCACAGGGUACGGCUCCAGCAGUCGGAGGGCACCUCAGACAGGCAUCGUGGAUGAGUGCUGCUUCCGGAGCUGUGAUCUGAGGAGGCUAGAGAUGUACUGUGCACCCCUCAAGCCUGCCAAGUCCGCCCGCUCAGUCCGUGCCCAGCGCCACACCGACAUGCCCAAGGCUCAGAAGUAUCAUCCCCCAUCUACCACCAAGAGAAUGAAGUCUCAGAGGAGAAGGAAAGGAAGUACAUUUGAAGAAUGCAAGUAGAGGGAGUGCAGGAAACAAGAACUACAGAAUGUAGGAAGACCUUCCUGAAUUGUGAAGAAUGACAUGCCACCGGCAGGAUCGUUUGCUCUGUAGGAGUUACCUGAUAAACACCAGAAGACCUACCAAAAAAUGUUUGAUCACAUUUUAAAAGAUGGGCAUUCCCCUCAAUGAAAUACGCAAGUAAACAUUCCAACAUUGUCUUUAGGAGUGAUUGUUAAAAGCUUUGCACCUUGCAAAAACGGUCAUGGAGUUGGUAGAUUGCUGUUGAUCCUUUAUCAAUAAUGUUCUAUAGAGAAAAAAGAAAAAAUAUAUAUAUAUAUCUUAAUCCCUGCCUCUCAAGAGCCACAAAUGCAUGGGUGUUGUAUAGAUCCAGUUGCACUAAAUUUGUUUCUGAGUCUUGGCUGCUGGAGCCAUUCAUUCAGCAGCCUAAGUGGUUUAUUAAUCUUUUUUUUAUUUGCACUUCUUUCCACACAACACAGGCCGUUUGUUCUACAGUGUCUGAUGAUCUUGUCUAUCUCCACCCCCUCAACUUCAUCAUCUUUACAUUUGCCAAAUUUGGCCUCCUCAAGAGCAGCAACAAGCAGUCAAAUAGCACACCCAAAAGAUUUUAACCCAAAAGAUUCCAUCUGUGGCAUUUGUACCAAAAUAUAAGUUGGAUGCAUUUAUUUUAGACAAAAGCUUUAUUUUUCCACAUCUUGCUAAAAAAAAAUGCAAGUAGUUGCAAUAUUGAGGCCAAUCAUUUUUAGGCAUAUGUUUUAAGCAUAGAAAGUCUCAAACUCUUAACAGUUCCUUAAAAUGAUGAGUUAGUGUACAACCUGAUUAGUAACUUCUCUCUUUUUAUUUUUUCCAUAUAGAGCACUAUGUAAAUUUAGCAUAUCAAGAAUACAGGAUAUAUCACAAACAGUAUGUAAAACUCUGUUUUUUUAGUACAAUGGUGCUAUUUUGUAGUUUGUUAUAUGAAAGAGUCUGGCCAAAACGGUAAAAGGUGAAAGCAAAACAAAAGAAGCCUGGAGCUGAAGAUGACACAAAGAGGAAGAGUAAUAAAAAUCCAUCCAUGUGGGAAGAAGGCAAAAUUCCCCUAAUUAUGCCUUCCGGGAAAAACGUAAGACACAAAGUCCACUGAUGCCAAUUCGAUUGGCAAGUCCAGAGAGGAGUGGAAAAAGCAGAGAAGCUAGGAAUUUAACAGUCCUGGCUUCUGCUUCUCGUUGAAGAAACAAACAUCUGCUGACUCCAUCAUGGACUCACCACUGUGUGACUUUGGGCAAGUCACUUCACCUCUCUGUGCCUCAGUUUCCUCAUCUACAAAAUGGGGGCAAUAUGCCAUCUACCUACCUCAUGGGGGUGGUAUGAAGAUUACACAGAUAAAGCUCCAGAUUCUAUCCUGGGUUGCUAUGAGGGCAUAAGGUCAGAGCCCUUCAGUUGCUGGGAUGCAAGGAAUUGUAGAAACAACCCAUUCAUGGUAUAGCUAGGAAACUGAUUAGCCGAACGUUCCUGACACACUAACUCUUGUUAAUGAAGCUGUUCCACAGACCAUCCAACUCUCCUAGUUGUGAAAAGCUGCCAGUUCCAUCUCUUUUAAAACCCUUUCAAAAUAAGUUAGAAAUAUCUGAUUUACAGUUUCAUCUGAAUUCUGCAUUUGGAUGUAUGAAUACAAAGUGAAAAGAGAGAAAGGAAAAGAAAAAAAAAUGGGAAAAAAGACUUCCACCAGUGAAAGGGCAACUACUCCAUCUUUUAGCACUCACUGACUCUUCUAGGCAGUUACUAGUAAUCUAAGACAAUACUUCUUGUAAUAUUAUAAAUGAUACUCCAUUCAUUGUGAACAAUAUAGUUAUUCUUACUCCUUGGGCAAUCUAAAAAAAAUUGCCCAAGAUUCCAAAUAUUGACAUAGUAUCUAAUUUUUUAAAAUCACAAAAUUACUUUCUUUAAUAAUUUUGCUCUUAUCCUUAGCUGUAUUUACAUAUAUAUAUAAAAAUUUUUGUUAAAAGAUACUUGACUAGAGUUGCUAGUUGAGAGGCAAAAUUUUCUUUUCCAAAACUAGAAAUUUUCCUUCAUGUCUGCUUACAAGAGUGACCCCUGGCCCUCUGUGGGUGCAUCUUAUCCAUUCAACUGAAAAUUAAUAUCAAGAAGAUCCAACAGUGAGGACAGGCCCAUGGUGACCUAAAAAAUGUUUCCCAUCUACAUACAUAUUAAGAUUUUCUUAUUAGAAUGAUGAAUCGUCUAUCAUUCAGAUCUUUUUUAUCUGCCUUUAAACAUUUUGGUGAAAAGCAGCCAGGCUUGAUUACUUCAUGCAAAUUGUAUUUCUUUAUUCUUGGAAAGUGUACAUGGAAAACAAAAAUAGCAUCUUUAGUUUUCAUCCCACUGGUUCACCUUGAGUUUCAGAAACCAGAGAAAGUCUAAGACUUCCUGGAUCUUCAAACAUAUGCAAAAAAAAAAAAGGCCUAUAUGGUGGGUCCCCCACUCAGCCAGUAAGUCUUUAAACCCUCAGACCCUCAGCAUUACUUGAAUUGAGCACCGCUGGCAUGCUGAGCCAUGCUGUGAUCAUUACAGACAAAGGUAAAAGAAACUGGUAAAAGAAACUCGUUGUUGCCCUUUAUCUGUUUUCCAGACAGAUGUGUUCUGUGGAUUUAGAUGCUGGACCCCUCUUCCCAAAAUGGCACUUCUGGUUUUUAUUUCUUGCUCUUCAUGUAUACCCUUAUGUGCAAUCCUCUGCAGACCUGUGGGUUUCCAGACACACUUGGAUAUGGUAAUUCUAAGUGUCUCUGACUUAUUUGAUUCACUUAAUAAUUCUAUUCAUGGCCAAAACUACCCCAGUGAGGAAAGCUUAAAUGUGCAAAGCCAUAUUAUCUUUCUUAAUUUUUCUAACACAUAAUCCUCUCCAACUGUAUCAUAAAUCAACAAAUCAAAAAUUGACUAAUUAUACUAAUGCACUACCUUACUUUUAAAUGACAUUAAACUAGAAGACAAAUCAGUGCAAAACUUCAAAAGUCAGUUGAUCUAUACACUACAGCAGAAUGACCCAGGAUUGAUGGAAAGGAGCACCUAAAACUUCACAACUCAAAACUUUCAUAAGCUUUGCUUUGGAUUUUUCAAAUAAGGCAAUUUCAAAAUGUUUAUGAAAAAGCUGUAAAUAUUGGUAAGAAUGAGCCAAUUCUUAAGCUUAAAGGCUUAAGUCCUAAUUUAACCGACAAUGCUCAAUACCUAGAUCAAAUUUCUGUUCCCAGUUCCCCAAAUAACGUAAGUGUCUUUUGAACACUUGAAGAUGAGGAGGCUCCACUGAAAAAGUUAACUUAUCUUUCUAUCAGAAUCCACCCUUCUAGAGAUAAAAACUCGCAACACCCACUCCCCCCACAUAAACACACAUGCAAGUGCAUGUGCGCACACACACUCACCCUAAAAUUCCAAUGAAAGACUGAGAAGAAAUUACUUCCUUGAAAAAACUUAUUGGGAAAAAAAAGAGAAAGAAAAAGAAAAAGAAAAAAGAAAAGAAAGAAAGAAAGAAAGAAAGAAAGAAAGAAAGAAAGAAAAAGAAAGAAAGAAAGAAAGAAAAAAGAAGGAAAGAAAGAAAGAAAGAAAAAGAAAGAAGAAAGAAAAGAAAGAAGAAAGAAAGAAAGAAAGAAAGAAAGAAAGAAAGAAAGAAAGAAAGAAAGAAAGAAAGAAAGAAAGAAAGAAAAGCAAGCCUGGCCUCCCUUGAGAAUACAUCCCCUCCUUGGAAUGUCAAUGUUUGUGUAGAUGAAACCAUCUCAUGCACUGUGGCUCCAGAGUUUCUGUUACUAGUUUAUGCACUUGGGAGACUGCUUAAAUGGAAGAUGUAGCACAUUUUGCUUUCCCAUUUAUUGUUUGGCCGGCUAUGCCAAUGUGGUGCUAUUGUUUCUUUAAGAAAGUACUUGACUAAAAAAAAAAAAAAAAAAAAAAAAAAAAAAGAAAAAAAAGGAAAAAAAAGCAUAGACAUAUUUUUUUAAAGUAUGAGAACAACAAUUCUAUAGAUAGAUGGCUUAAUAAAAUAGCAUGAGGUCUCAUCACCACCAACUUUCAACUUUUUAAUCACUCACAAGUAGCAUACUGUUCACCAAAUUCCAAAUUUUGAGUUUGGGGGUGUAGGGGCAGAAGAUGGAAUUUUUGUAAAGUUAGAAAGCUCUGUUACUCUGUCGGCUCUUAAACUCAGCAAAAUUAGCAAUAUGUUAUCCAAUCUGAACACCUCGAUCAAGAGCAGAGAGUACAUGUGGGGGGAAAAAAGGAUCUUAUAGGCAAAUGGCAGAACAAAAGAUGAUAAAGUCACUCAUUGAUUUUUUGUGCUCUGCUCUAAAACAGAUAUUCAGCAAGUGGAGAAUUUUUUUAAAAAAAAAGAGGGAAAAAAUUGCAUAGAUUAAAUCUGUUAAAAACAGCUUCCGCCACCUCCCCCUCAAGUCAUUCUCUGGCAUUUACUGGUUUAUAGAAGAUACUCUCCCUUUGUCUAAACAUCUCAAGGAGCAGUAGCUCUCCUAAAAAGCAAUCACUGAUCUCAUUGGGAAGUGUAGGGAAAUAUUUCCUUAUGAGAUGGGGGUUAUCUACUGAUAAGGAAAGAAGAAUUUAUGAGAAAUCAUUGAAAGAGAUGGCUAACAAUCUGUGAAGAUUUUUUUUGUUUUUGUUUUCUUUUGUUUUUUACUUUAUACAGUCUUUAUGAAUAUCUUAAUGUUCAAAACUGAUUUGGUUCUUUCUUCUUCUUCUUCUUCUUCUUCUUCUUCUUCUUCUUCUUCUUCUUCUUCUUCUUCCUUUUGUAUUGGAAUGAGGGAUGAUAAGUUAAACCCACAUAGACUCUUUAAAACUAUAGGCUAGAUAGAAGUGUAUGUUUGACUUGUUAAAGCUAUAAUCAGACUAUUUAAAAUGUUUUUUCUAUUUUUAAUCUUAAAAACGUGUACUAAUUUAUUAGAGACAGAUCCUGUUUGGCUCUCUUCAUAAGAAAGAAGAAUCACCUGGGCUUUCCCCUCAAUGUUUUCAAAAGAUAAAUCUGAUUUAUCCAUCAUUAUGGCAUCAUUUAUUUUUUUAAAAAAUUUAAUACAAGAAUUGCAAUUCUUUUUGCCCCUCUCUUGCAAUGAUCAUGAAGUUCAAAAUAUGAGGGGUAAAAAACAAGAAGAAAAUUUUGUGGAUUCUUUGUUUUCAGUGCUAGUGUUUAAUCCUAUAGUACAUAUUUGCUUAUUGCUAUGUUAAUAUUCUAAAAGACUUUCCUGUUAGGUGUUAGAAACUGAUACAUAGAUAUCUUUUUUGUGAUUUCUAUUUAAAAAAAAAAGGAGAUGAGAAGACUGAAGCUUUAAAGUGCAUAUGGUACAGGAUAAAGAUACCAACUGAAAUAACCAAGUCCAUCCUAGAACAAUAUUUUUAUUUUGGCGGGGGAACUUCUCAUACAUAAGACAGAGGUCCAGGGAAUUUUUGAAACUAUCUCUAUUCCUCCCAGUCCUUAUUCAAUUAGUAUUUGCCUCAAAAUUGUAUAGAGGGGUCACCAAGCUGAAACCCUGGAAUUCAAGGGGCUUCUUUAAAAAAUACAUAUUCUACACAUUCCCUCUUAAUUUAUGACUACACGUUGAUCUUAAACAUGGUCUCUUUUCUUCCUUGUUCUUCAGCUGUCCUUGACAGGGUAUUUAAAGGAAACAAUAUAUAUAAUUUUAAAAGGGGAACAAAAAAGUCCCAAACAUUACUGCCCAAUUGAAAUGUGAGUUAAAAUGGAAAUAGUUUCUCCUGCUUAAUCCCUGCUGAAUCACCUGUCACCUUCAGAAUUACUUUUCACAACCCUUAUAAUCUACCCUUUUUUUUAACUGCCCAGGCCUACUGCAUCCUAAAAGUAAACAUUAUCCAUUUCCUUUUGCCCAAAAUGCACUGAUGUAAAAGUAGGGAAAAAAAAAAAACUCAAAGUUCCAAGUCACCCACUGGCCCCAUUUACCUACUGAGAGCAAAGUCACUUUUGUUAAUCCCUUAAUCUGAUUGUUUGGAUAUUUAUCUUGUACCUGCUGCUAAAUACACUGCAGGAGGGACUCUGAAACCUCGAACUGUCUACUCACAUCUCUUAUCUGUAUCUGUGUAUCAUUAGAAUGUCUAUUCAAAAUAUUAAAAAACUUUCAAACACCAUGCAGCUUGUAUUCAGUUUACAUAAAGGCCCCAAAUAUCACGUCAGAUCUUUUGUUACUAAGGGAGUUAAUGAACUAUGAGAACUGGGAUUACAUCAUGUGUUUUGCUUCAUACGGUUUUAUCACACUUACAAGCCAAGUGUGAUAAAUACACAUACAGACACUGAAUUUUUUUUCCCUGCUACUUUGAAACCGGGAAAUAAUGAUUGGUCAUUCAUUAUAUCUGUCUUAGUUCAAGAGCAUAUUUUUUAUUAAAUUAACUCUGAUUGUAUUUGAAAUCAUUAAUCAUUUAUGGCAGAGGAAUAUCAAUCCUAAUGACUUCUAAAACUGUAACUAACUGAAUCAUUAUCUUACAUUUACUGUUAAGUAAGCAUAUUUGGAAAAAUGUAUGGCUAGAGUGUCAUAAUAAAAUGAUAUAUCUUUCUUUAGUAAUUACAUUAAAAUUAAUCACAUUUGAUUAA